AUGGAAUCCAAAACUACCUAUGAGAAUUUAUUAUUAGAAAUUGCUAAACAAGAGGAAACAAUUGAUGGCUAUUUUAGAGAAGCAGAAGAACAAGGAAGUAUUGACCCAAACUUUGAAGAGUAUCUUAAUCAAGCAAAACUUGAGCUUCAUAAGAAGCGUGAAGAGUUGCUUAAACGGCAAGAAAUGACCAACAGUAUUAGAUCUCAGAGUCUUAAAAUAUCGAAAGAAGAUGCAGAACCUGAAGAAAAUUCACCAAAAAUAAAGCGAGCAAGAACAGUCGAAUUUGAGGAAAAAGUGAACCCGAAAAAUAAAUAUCCUUUUUAUUCGAUCAAAAACAUUGAGCUGCGAAAGCCAAAUCAAAGAUCGUCAUCUACACUAAUUGAAAACAGCCAAAAUUCAAAACCAAUCCAGAUUUUUAAAAAAAUAAGCCGCACGAGAAGCAACAAUACAAGUCCUUCUGAAAGAAGAUAUGAAGAUAGCCCAAAGGAAGUUUUAAGUGAAUAUAUUGUUGAUGAUGUGUAUACCCCAGUAAUUCAAAAGAGAAAAAUUCCAAUAAUAAAAGUUGACAAGUCUGUAGAAAUAGAAGAAAACAUCCCAGAUUUAAUGCUGAAAAGAGCUAUCAGUGAUAUUUCUAAUAUUUCAAGUUUUUUGAAUGAUAAAGAUAUUGGCGAUAAAUUAGAAACUUUACAAUGAUACAGAGAAUUAAAAAAUUCUGCACAUGAGAAAAUGCUUGAUCUAAAAGAGCAAAUCUUAAUGGAAAAAGAGAAGAAGCUGCAAACAUUGAUUGAGUACUUGCCUGGAGCAGCAAAAAAUAAUAAUGAAUGUUUGCCAGAAGUAGCGAAAAAUAAUAAUGAAUAUUUGAAAGCUAAAAGCAAAGCAAAUCUUCCACCUCUAUCUCCUAAGAGAAAUGAAGAAGUCCUUACUAAAGCAAAAACCUCCCCACAUCCAAGGUCAAAGCAAGUGACAUUUCAAUUAGUUUCUCAUAAUAAAACUAGAUCAGCUGGUAGUUCCCCUGAUAAUAGUUCAAAUUAUAAUCCAAAUUGCAAAGAAAUGAUUUCAAAAAAUUCUCAAAAUACCAAAUCACAAAGUUUUAUACCGUUAAAUAAAGAAGAUAAAUUUGUAAAAAUUAUAUAGGCUGAAUUAGUUAACGCAUUGCCAGGUAUCCCAUCAGAAAUUGCAUCAAAGCUUGUGAAAGAUAUAAAAAUAACUCAUAUAUAA